CUCUCCUUCUUUUCUUCUUCUUUUCCUCUAUUCUCCUUCCACCACCUCUCCAUGACGACUGCCUACGACGCAUACGACAUCGGCAGCGGCCUGCUGGCCACGAUCUGGACGCUGACGACGCUCUCGAUCGUGACGAUGGCGCUGCGGAUCUACGCAAAGAUCAAGAUCAACAAGUUCAGCGCCGACGACAUCAUCAUGCUGGGCUCGCUGGCGCUGCUGAUCGCCGGUUCCGGCAUCGCCAACGUCUCCGUCGCGUACGGUCUGGGCCACCACUACAGCAGUCUGGCGCACGCCCGCGAGGUCAAGGCCGUGCUGUACUACUGCGUCACCCAGACGCUGGGUAUCUCGGCCUGCACCGUCGGCCGCAUCGCCUUCAUCGUGUACCUGGUGCGCCUGUUCCCCUCGUCGUCGCCGGUGCGGCUGGUCUUCUGGCUGCUGGUCGUCGCGCAGGGAGUCAUCAACGUCGUCUCGAUCCUGCUGCUCUUCCUGCAGUGCGGCGCCGACGUCGCCCCCGUGUUCGACUAUACGCUGCCCGAGACCAACUGCAUGGCGCUGAGCGUCCAGAUCAACUAUGGCUACUUCCAGGGCGCGUUCAACUCGGCCACCGACCUAUUCCUGGCCGUGUUUCCCACCUAUACCUUCUGGGGGUUACAGCUGCGGUUUCGCAUCAAGGUGGCUCUGGUGUGUCUAUUAGGCUUGGGGAUCUUUGCAAUGGUGGCCUCCAUCGUCAAGACGGUCGAACUCAGCACCAUCGCCAACACAACCGACCCAACCGUCGACCAGGUCACCCUGCUGCGAUGGGUGUACAUCGAGAGCGCGAUCGUGAUCAUCACCUCGUCGAUUCCGUGUCUGCGGCCGCUGUUCGUGGCCAUGUCGAAGAACUUUAGCAGCUCGCCCAAACACACGUACGAGCUGACGAACCGGUACGGCAACGCCAGCAGCGGGCUUGCCUCGCACUCGCGCAAUAAAUACAGUCGGCAGACCAGCCAGAUGCACGACGAGGACGAGUCGACGCGGCAGAUCCUCGGAGAUGCGCAGUGGGGGAUCACCAAGCAGAUCGACGUGACGAUCCGCAACGAAUAGGGAUUCUAGUAUCGACAGUAAUACCUCUCCUCUAUAGACACAGCAUAUACUGUACUACAAGUGCGUUGCAAUAGCUGCGCGAUUAUCGAUCGAUCCAGUGUCCUCUUGAAAUGAUCCUUUGACCUGUUCUUCCCCUGACCCACGUUGGUCUGUGUCGGUGGCCAAAGCAGAAGGUUUCGGGACUCGGCCGAUGUGGGUAGAUAUAGAAUCAGUAUAUUCAGUAUACUACAUAUAUACUAUAGUAUAUAGUAUCUAAUACCUAUAAUAUUUAUAGCUUCUAUAUAGCUUCUAUAUAGGAUAUACCUAUAUAUACUAUCUACACCUAUGUACUGCC